GGCUAGAAGCGAGAGGCCGUUAGAAUCUUCUGGAGAAUAAGAGCAACUUGUUAGCUCAUUUCUCAUUUCUAUCAUUGAUCAAUUUGUAAAAAAACUCUUUUCUUAGAUUUGUUGUGGUGAUCGCUGGGUUUCUCUCUCUCGAGAGCUAGCGAGGUAUCAGAGCUGCAACGAUUCUCGGAAAUGGGAGUUGAAACUCGUUCUCAGGUGGUUGAAGUUCGAAAUCAUGGAGUCUCGGCGGUGGAUCCGUUGGAAUCGCGGAUGUCGCGUUUGGAAGAUCUGGUGACGGAGCAAAACGAGCAAAUGAAGAAACAUAUGGCGGAGCAGAACCAACAGAUGAGGACGCAUAUGACGGAAAUGUUCGAAGCUCUAAGCCGUACCACCGCUAAUCGUGGAAAGGAAGUUCAAAGAGAAGUCGAACGGGAAGAAUCGAAGUUUGAACGUGGUGAUAACAGUCAAAGCUAUGGUCGUGCUGAUCCGGACUCUUCAUCAUCUAAGGAGGUUCGAUCGCAUCAAUUAGAUCCCCCAAAGGUUAUCAGAUCUGAUCCGGUGAGGACUGAUGCUCACUAUCACUACGGUAAUUUGACUCGUUUGGGUAAAAUUGAUUUCCCUCGGUUUAAUGGUAGUCAGAUUAAGGAGUGGUUGUUUAGGGUUGAAGAAUUUUUUGGAGUUGAUUACACACCUAGGGAGAUGCGUGUUAAGAUGGCUGCGAUUCAUUUCGAUGGACAUGCCGCAACUUGGCAUUACUCAUUUGUGCAGUCUGGUAUUGGUCUCGAAGUGCUUUACGAUUGGGAUGGUUAUGUGAAGUUGUUGCGAGAAAGGUUUGAAGAUGAGUGCGAUGAUCCCAUGGCAGAGUUGAAACAAUUGCAAGAGACAGAUGGUAUCAUUGAUUAUCAUCAGAAGUUUGACCUUAUUAAGACGAGAGUGACCUUAUCUUAAGAGUAUUUGGUGAGUUUGUACCUGGCAGGGUUGCGUUUGGAUACACAGAUGCACGUGAGGAUGUUUCAACCGCAAACUGUGAGGCAUUGCUUAUUGUUGGGAAGAUUAUACGAGAAGGCACACCCUAAGAAGCAAGUCCCUCAAGGUUGGCAGUCGAAUAAAGGAGGUAAUGCGGGUAAAGGGAAUUCUUAUAACUCUCGUCCUGUCACGAAGGUAAACGAGGGAACACCAAAGAAGUUCUUGUCUAAGGAAGAGAUGAGUGAAAGGAGAUCUAAAGGGUUAUGCUAUUGGUGUGACGAGA